AUGAGUCGCUCGUCCAUCACGAUUCUCGCCUCUCGGGCCCUCCUAGUCGCGCUUCUCGUGUUUUACCUCCCCCAUGCCCCUCUCGCCUUCGCAUCUCUGGUGGCCUCUGGAUCGCUUUACUCUCCGAGCUCACCAUCCGUACGCAACCAUGACACGAAUCCAUUCAUUGCGUUUCGGGACUUCUUCGCGGAAAGAACCGGAUUUUCUCAAUCAAAUCACGCGCUGGACCCUCCUGAAGCGGUUACCGGACCUCCGUCUAACGAGUCCGUGAGGCCGUUCAGUCGUUAUUUGCAGUCCUCCUCCUCCUCUCUCUCCGAUUGCCCCUUCACCACGACCAAUCCCCUCCACACCUGCGCCAUGGGCUACGCCGCAUCUGCCGGCGUGACCGGCGGUCACGGGAAGCCUGCCUACGUAGUAACCAACGCCGACGACUCACUCCCAGUCGGCACCAACGGCUCGCUGCGAUGGGGAUUAACGCGCGCCUAUGCGGCUGCGGGAACCAACGGCAUCUACAUCACUUUCGCGAAGAAAAUCGACGUUUUGCUCCUUGGGCCGCUAGCAGUGCCGUCCGGCACGACAAUCGACGGGCGGGGAGUUGCCGUCCGGCUGUUCGGGUCGUCCGUCGUGGUUCGCAACGCACGGAAUGUCAUUGUGCACAAUAUCGAAGUGCAAAGCGUGCAGUUCCCCAACGUGAAUAGCGGCGUCAGCAUCAUCGACAGCACGGUAGUGUGGCUGGAUCAUGUGCGGGUGCGCGACGCUGUACCGGGGGCAGUGGAGGUCGUUGCGUGUGAAGUGGAUGGACUACAUCCUCCUCCUCUCCCCUCCCCUGCUCUCCCUCUCCCCUCCCCUGCUCUCCCUCUCCCCUCCCCUGCUCUCCCUCUCCCCUCCCCUGCUCUCCCUCUCCCCUCCCCUGCUCUCCCUCUCCCCUCCCCUGCUCUCCCUCUCCCCUCCCCUGCUCUCCCUCUCCCCUCCCCUGCUCUCCCUCUCCCCUCCCCUGCUCUCCCUCUCCCCUCCCCUGCUCUCCCUCUCCCCUCCCCUGCUCUCCCUCUCCCCUCCCCUGCUCUCCCUCUCCCCUCCCCUGCUCUCCCCUCUCCCCUCCCCUGCUCUCCCUCUCCCCUCCCCUGCUCUCCCUCUCCCCUCCCCUGCUCUCCCUCUCCCCUCCCCUGCUCUCCCUCUCCCCUCCCCUGCUCUCCCUCUCCCUCCCCUGCUCUCCCUCUCCCCUCCCCUGCUCUCCCUCUCCCCUCCCCUGCUCUCCCUCUCCCCUCCCCUGCUCUCCUCUCCCCUCCCCUGCUCUCCCUCUCCCCUCCCCUGCUCUCCCUCUCCCCUCCCCUGCUCUCCCUCUCCCCUCCCCUGCUCUCCCUCUCCCCUCCCCUGCUCUCCCUCUCCCCUCCCCUGCUCUCCCUCUCCCCUCCCCUGCUCUCCCUCUCCCCUCCCCUGCUCUCCCUCUCCCCUCCCCUGCUCUCCCUCUCCCCUCCCCUGCUCUCCCUCUCCCCUCCCCUGCUCUCCCUCUCCUCUCCCCUGCUCUCCCUCUCCUCUCCCCUGCUCUCCCUCUCCUCUCCCCUGCUCUCCCUCUCCUCUCCCCUGCUCUCCCUCUCCUCUCCCCUGCUCUCCCUCUCCUCUCCCCUGCUCUCCCUCUCCUCUCCCCUGCUCUCCCUCUCCUCUCCCCUGCUCUCCCUCUCCUCUCCCCUGCUCUCCCUCUCCUCUCCCCUGCUCUCCCUCUCCUCUCCCCUGCUCUCCCUCUCCUCUCCCCUGCUCUCCCUCUCCUCUCCCCUGCUCUCCCUCUCCUCUCCCCUGCUCUCCCUCUCCUCUCCCCUGCUCUCCCUCUCCUCUCCCCUGCUCUCCCUCUCCUCUCCCCUGCUCUCCCUCUCCUCUCCCCUGCUCUCCCUCUCCUCUCCCCUGCUCUCCCUCUCCUCUCCCCUGCUCUCCCUCUCCUCUCCCCUGCUCUCCCUCUCCUCUCCCCUGCUCUCCCUCUCCUCUCCCUGCUCUCCCUCUCCUCUCCCCUGCUCUCCCUCUCCUCUCCCCUGCUCUCCCUCUCCUCUCCCCUGCUCUCCCUCUCCUCUCCCCUGCUCUCCCUCUCCUCUCCCCUGCUCUCCCUCUCCUCUCCCCUGCUCUCCCUCUCCUCUCCCCUGCUCUCCCUCUCCUCUCCCCUGCUCUCCCUCUCCUCUCCCCUGCUCUCCCUCUCCUCUCCCCUGCUCUCCCUCUCCUCUCCCCUGCUCUCCCUCUCCUCUCCCCUGCUCUCCCUCUCCUCUCCCCUGCUCUCCCUCUCCUCUCCCCUGCUCUCCCUCUCCUCUCCCCUGCUCUCCCUCUCCUCUCCCCUGCUCUCCCUCUCCUCUCCCCUGCUCUCCCUCUCCUCUCCCCUGCUCUCCCUCUCCUCUCCCCUGCUCUCCCUCUCCUCUCCCCUGCUCUCCUCUCCUCUCCCCUGCUCUCCCUCUCCUCUCCCCUGCUCUCCCUCUCCUCUCCCCUGCUCUCCCUCUCCUCUCCCUGCUCUCCCUCUCCUCUCCCCUGCUCUCCCUCUCCUCUCCCUGCUCUCCCUCUCUCUCCCUGCUCUCCUCUCCUCCCUGCUCUCCUCUCCUCUCCCCUGCUCUCCCUCUCCUCUCCCCUGCUCUCCCUCUCCUCUCCCCUGCUCUCCCUCUCCUCUCCCCUGCUCUCCCUCUCCUCUCCCCUGCUCUCCCUCUCCUCUCCCCUGCUCUCCCUCUCCUCUCCCCUGCUCUCCCUCUCCUCUCCCCUGCUCUCCCUCUCCUCUCCCCUGCUCUCCCUCUCCUCUCCCCUGCUCUCCCUCUCCUCUCCCCUGCUCUCCCUCUCCUCUCCCCUGCUCUCCCUCUCCUCUCCCCUGCUCUCCCUCUCCUCUCCCCUGCUCUCCCUCUCCUCUCCCCUGCUCUCCCUCUCCUCUCCCCUGCUCUCCCUCUCCUCUCCCCUGCUCUCCCUCUCCUCUCCCCUGCUCUCCCUCUCCUCUCCCCUGCUCUCCCUCUCCUCUCCCUGCUCUCCCUCUCCUCUCCCCUGCUCUCCCUCUCCUCUCCCCUGCUCUCCCUCUCCUCUCCCCUGCUCUCCCUCUCCUCUCCCCUGCUCUCCCUCUCCUCUCCCCUGCUCUCCCUCUCCUCUCCCCUGCUCUCCCUCUCCUCUCCCCUGCUCUCCCUCUCCUCUCCCCUGCUCUCCCUCUCCUCUCCCCUGCUCUCCCUCUCCUCUCCCCUGCUCUCCCUCUCCUCUCCCCUGCUCUCCCUCUCCUCUCCCUGCUCUCCCUCUCCUCUCCCUGCUCUCCCUCUCCUCUCCCCUGCUCUCCCUCUCCUCUCCCCUGCUCUCCCUCUCCUCUCCCCUGCUCUCCCUCUCCUCUCCCCUGCUCUCCCUCUCCUCUCCCCUGCUCUCCCUCUCCUCUCCCCUGCUCUCCCUCUCCUCUCCCCUGCUCUCCCUCUCCUCUCCCCUGCUCUCCCUCUCCUCUCCCCUGCUCUCCCUCUCCUCUCCCCUGCUCUCCCUCUCCUCUCCCCUGCUCUCCCUCUCCUCUCCCCUGCUCUCCCUCUCCUCUCCCCUGCUCUCCCUCUCCUCUCCCCUGCUCUCCCUCUCCUCUCCCCUGCUCUCCCUCUCCUCUCCCCUGCUCUCCCUCUCCUCUCCCCUGCUCUCCCUCUCCUCUCCCCUGCUCUCCCUCUCCUCUCCCCUGCUCUCCCUCUCCUCUCCCCUGCUCUCCCUCUCCUCUCCCCUGCUCUCCCUCUCCUCUCCCCUGCUCUCCCUCUCCUCUCCCCUGCUCUCCCUCUCCUCUCCCCUGCUCUCCCUCUCCUCUCCCCUGCUCUCCCUCUCCUCUCCCCUGCUCUCCCUCUCCUCUCCCCUGCUCUCCCUCUCCUCUCCCCUGCUCUCCCUCUCCUCUCCCCUGCUCUCCCUCUCCUCUCCCCUGCUCUCCCUCUCCUCUCCCCUGCUCUCCCUCCUCUCCCCUCUCCCCUGCUCUCCUCUCCUCUCCCCUGCUCUCCCUCUCCUCUCCCCUGCUCUCCCUCUCCUCUCCCCUGCUCUCCUCUCCUCUCCCCUGCUCUCCCUCUCCUCUCCCCUGCUCUCCCUCUCCUCUCCCCUGCUCUCCCUCUCCUCUCCCCUGCUCUCCCUCUCCUCUCCCCUGCUCUCCCUCUCCUCUCCCCUGCUCUCCCUCUCCUCUCCCCUGCUCUCCCUCUCCUCUCCCCUGCUCUCCCUCUCCUCUCCCCUGCUCUCCCUCUCCUCUCCCCUGCUCUCCCUCUCCUCUCCCCUGCUCUCCCUCUCCUCUCCCCUGCUCUCCCUCUCCUCUCCCCUGCUCUCCCUCUCCUCUCCCUGCUCUCCUCUCCUCUCCCUGCUCUCCCUCUCCUCUCCCCUGCUCUCCCUCUCCUCUCCCCUGCUCUCCCUCUCCUCUCCCCUGCUCUCCCUCUCCUCUCCCCUGCUCUCCCUCUCCUCCUGCUCCCUCUCCUCUCCCUGCUCUCCCUCUCCUCUCCCCUGCUCUCCCUCUCCUCUCCCCUGCUCUCCCUCUCCUCUCCCCUGCUCUCCCUCUCCUCUCCCCUGCUCUCCCUCUCCCCUCCCCUGCUCUCCCUCUCCUCUCCCCUGCUCUCCCUCUCCUCUCCCCUGCUCUCCCUCUCCUCUCCCCUGCUCUCCCUCUCCUCUCCCCUGCUCUCCCUCUCCUCUCCCCUGCUCUCCCUCUCCCCUCCCCUGCUCUCCCUCUCCUCUCCCCUGCUCUCCCUCUCCUCUCCCCUGCUCUCCCUCUCCUCUCCCCUGCUCUCCCUCUCCUCUCCCCUGCUCUCCCUCUCCUCUCCCCUGCUCUCCCUCUCCUCUCCCCUGCUCUCCCUCUCCUCUCCCCUGCUCUCCCUCUCUCCUCUCCCCUGCUCUCCCUCUCCUCUCCCCUGCUCUCCCUCUCCUCUCCCCUGCUCUCCCUCUCCUCUCCCCUGCUCUCCCUCUCCUCUCCCCUGCUCUCCCUCUCCUCUCCCCUGCUCUCCCUCUCCUCUCCCCUGCUCUCCCUCUCCUCUCCCCUGCUCUCCCUCUCCUCUCCCCUGCUCUCCCUCUCCUCUCCCCUGCUCUCCCUCUCCUCUCCCCUGCUCUCCCUCUCCUCUCCCCUGCUCUCCCUCUCCUCUCCCCUGCUCUCCCUCUCCUCUCCCCUGCUCUCCCUCUCCUCUCCCCUGCUCUCCCUCUCCUCUCCCCUGCUCUCCUCUCCUCUCCCCUGCUCUCCCUCUCCUCUCCCCUGCUCUCCCUCUCCCUCUCCCCUCGCUCUCCCUCUCUCCUCUCCUCUCCCCUGCUCUCCCUCUCCUCUCCCCUGCUCUCCCUCUCCUCUCCCCUGCUCUCCCUCUCCUCUCCCCUGCUCUCCUCUCCUCUCCCCUGCUCCCCUCUCCUCUCCCUGCUCUCCUCUCCUCUCCCUGCUCUCCCUCUCCUCUCCCUGCUCUCCCUCUCCUCUCCCCUGCUCUCCCUCUCCCUCCCCUGCUCUCCCUCUCCUCUCCCCUGCUCUCCCUCUCCUCUUCCCUGCUCUCCCUCUCCCCUCCCCUGCUCUCCCUCUCCUCUCCCCUGCUCUCCCUCUCCUCUCGCCUGCUCUCCCUCUCCUCUCCCCUCCCCUUCCUCUCCUCUCCCCUGCUCUCCCUCUCCUCUCCCCUGCUCUCCCUCUCCUCUCCCCUGCUCUCCCUCUCCUCUCCCCUGCUCUCCCUCUCCUCUCCCCUGCUCUCCCUCUCCUCUCCCCUGCUCUCCCUCUCCUCUCCCCUGCUCUCCCUCUCCUCUCCCCUGCUCUCCCUCUCCUCUCCCCUGCUCUCCCUCUCCCCUCCCCUGCUCUCCCUCUCCUCUCCCCUGCUCUCCCUCUCCUCUCGCCUGCUCUCCCUCUCCUCUCCCCUCCCCUUCCUCUCCCCUCCCCAGCCAUCCCCCACCCGGACAGCAUUGCCAUCAAAGCAAGCGCGGGUAAUAUCUUACAUCCUCCCCUCCUCCCCAUUCUCCCAUCUCCUCUUUCUCUCCCCCCUCCUUUCCUCCCCACCUCUUCCCCUUCCCCUACCAGUGGGCGAGGUCGACCCUGCCCUUUAUGGCACGGGGACGGCAUGGCCAUCAGGGCGAGCAGCACGGUGUGGGUUGGGCGAAGUAGACGAAGCGCCGUAUGGCACGCAGGACGGCAUAGCCAUCAGGGCCAGCAGCAUGGUGUGGGUGGACCACUGCCUCGUGCACAACGCCCCCAUGGGCACCAUCGACCUCCUCGCCUCCUCUGACGCGGUUUCCGUCUCAUACUGCCACCUCUCCAACUACCUCCUCCCACUCACCUCCGCCAACGCCACGUCAGCACCGCCCUCCGACGAUCCAACGAGCUCCGGCACGGAUACAGGCACGGGCGCAGGCACGGGUGGGGAUGGGGGUACCGGAGAGCCUGAUGCGGCUCGGGUUACGUACUUUGGGAAUUUCUUUGAGGGGCCGUCGGCACCGAUGCUGCACUGCCAGGCGUCGCUGUGCCACGUGGCAAACAAUCUGUUUGCCAACUGGACCGACACGUGUAUCGUGGCGCGCGGAGGCGCGUCGGUGCGCUCGCUCAAUAACGUGUAUGCCAGCACGGUUCCGGGCGCGGCGGGGAUUGUAACGGCGAAUGCGGACGGCGCAAGUUACUUCGUAACGAGCGGGGAUCUGUUGCGGAACGGAGUGCGGUUUGUGGUGAGUUUGCCGCCCGGAGUGAGUGGGAGUGCGGGCAUGCCGCCUCUGCCCUACUCCCUGCCGGUAGACAAAGCUGACUCAAGCCUUCCAGGCGCGAUCAAGGGGAAUUCGGGGCCCCAGUUAUGA